AUGUUCUUCAAUGCUAUCAUUAACGCUUCCGCUAUCGCUGGCCUUGCUGCCGCGGUGCCCUUCAGCACCAACACCACAAGCGCCUGUCCCACCCUCUGCGUGGAUGCUAUUAAUGACUGUGGUGUCAUGUACGGAGGAUGCUAUCCUAUUUGCUCUCCUGAGCUGUAUCCUACACCGCCGCCAUGCACUCCUACCACACCAACUACUACACCUACCAUCACCCCUAUCACUCCAGACAUUACCAUCACUCUUAUCACACCAACCCCUGAUCCCAUCACGAACUCAAAUAGUUAA